ACUGCGCACGUGCAAACCCAAAACGGAAGUCGUCAUGUGCAGCAGCCGGAAGCUGUAACGUCCUUUUUGCUCCCCGACUGCCAUCAUGGUGUUCAACCGCUUUGUUGAGAUCGGCCGUGUUGCCUACAUCUCCUUUGGACCCAAUGCUGGCAAGCUGGUGGCCAUAGUAGACGUCAUUGACCAGAACAGGGCACUUGUUGAUGGUCCCUGCACUGGAGUAAAGAGGCAAGCCAUGCCAUUCAAGUGCAUGCAGCUUACUGACUACGUCAUCAAAGUACCUCACAGUGCUCGUCAGAAGUUUGUGAAGCGAGCCUGGGAGAAGGCCCAGGUCAACGAGAAGUGGUCAGAGAGCAGCUGGGCCAAGAAGAUCGAGGCUAGGCAGAAGAGGGCUAAGAUGUCUGACUUUGACCGCUACAAGGUGAUGAAGGCCAAGAGGAUGAGGAACAAGAUCAUCAAGCACGAGGUGAAGAAGCUCCAGAAGGAAGCUGCAAAGAAGUGAAAAGUUUUCACAAAAUAAAUGUCCUGUUGAAUUGUU